AGGGACCUUAUUUGUCUUCAGCCGUAGCAAAGCCAGCAAUGCGAUCACCUGUAAACACGCGCGUGUGCAUGGUCGCGGUGCAAUUUUGUCCGCGUUACGUACCUUUUUCUUGCCACUGAUGACAGCUGUCGCGAUUAAAAAAAAAAACGUGAUUACUUGACGGCGUGGACUAGAUUAUUCGUUUUUUGACACAUCAGCGACGGAAAGCUCUGAGAAGGUGGUAUCGGAGAUACCGGAUAGGUGUUUAGUGCGGUGUUGUCAUUGUAGAGUAGCUUGCGAUUUCACCUCUCCGACAAUGUAUCUAGUGCCCUGAAGAAACGCUGCGUUGUUUGAAGUGGCAUCGCGUACGAGCGAUGCAUGCGAUGUUGUUGUGCUUCGAUGUGGCUCGUCGGUUGGUUUCGGGACGUGGUAGUGCAAUCGGCGGUGCUUUGCAAUGUCCCGCGCGAUGUCUAUCCAGUGACUGGCGUACGGACAAAACGACGACACCGACUGACCGACAGGUGAGCACCGACGACAGCGGAACGUUCAAAGGGCACAUACCUGAGGGUGAACUUCAGAUCUCAUUCAGUCGGAGCAGUGGACCGGGCGGUCAGAAUGUUAACAAAGUAAACAGCAAGGUCGAGAUUCGCUUCCAUCUUGAGACGGCCAGCUGGAUUCCUGCAGUCGGCCGGGAGCGUCUGAAGACCCAGUGGGGCCACCUUGUGAACCGUCGCGGCCAACUUGUGCUCGAGUGCGACGAGCAACGUAGUCAACUAGCCAACACGCGCAUCUGCCUCGAUCGGCUGCGGUCUCUGGUGACCGAGGCCUGUCGCCCGCCACCUCCCAGUCCCGACGAGGCUACCCAGCUGUUGCACGAGAAGAGGCGAGCUCGAGCCUCAGCCCGGAGAGUGGAGGAGAAGCGGGCCAGGUCUCAGCGGCGGCGUUUCAAGGAACCGUCCCACAUCCUCUAGGCCACUCGUUCAGCGUUGCAGACCAACCACUCAAAGCGACAGUGCAGUCAUGCGCAAAACUGCACCUGUCGGGCAAUUUGCUGUUACUAGUCACACUUACAAGUGCCUCAACAUGAAAGUUUAACCCAGAGAAGUUUGUGUGGAAACAGUUCAACGGUACAAUAGGCCUGGCGACGAUUUGAAAGCUGCUGUACACAGUCAGACCUGUUGUUGGGCCAAAUACAGCUGACUUUUAGGAAAUGGAAAUUUCUUUAAUGAAAAUGCUGCUUAAACAAAACAGCUCGCUCUAAUAAGACUGGUUUCAUGCCUGAAUGCUGUAACCCUGUUUUUCUUUAAAUAAAUGUAACUCUUCUUGAACAGAA